AUGACCAUCCGCGCCGCCAGAUUCACGCCGGAGGUCCUCCUCAGCGCCCCGCGUCGCUCCGCCGGCGUGCCCAAUGCAAACGGUUCCAAAGUCCUAUACACCGUUUCGACAUACUCUUUCGCAGAGCAUUCCGGCGGCUCGGAAGUUCGAGUCCUCGACACCGCGACGCAAGAGUCGACUGUUCUUACCGAUGCUGGUGGGAGUGAGCCGAAUUGGAUCGGAGACCAGGUUCUGAUGCUGGUAUCUGGGAGCAACGGGACUACUGAUGUUCUUGUUGGACCUACCAACGAUUUUGCUAAUAGCAACUACACCGCCGGCAACAUCGAUGCAUCAGCUAGUAGCGUAAAGCUUGCGGCCCUUGAGGAUGGCUCGUACGCCAUUGCCUUCGCGGCUCUCGCAAAGCCGGACGGCUCUUUGUACAACGCCGAAAAGGCUCCUGCCCCUACAUCAUCCGGAAGGCUAUACAGAGCAAUGUUUGUGCGGCACUGGGAUACCUGGAUUACACCGAAUCGAAACGCUAUCUUUUUUGCCAAGCUCUCCAGAGGCAGUAGCAACAGCACAUCAGGGAAUAGCUACGCGAUGUCGGAUCCGGUCAAUGCUCUUAAGGGGACCGAGUUAGAGUCUCCAGUGCCGCCUUUUGGAGGCACCGACCACUUCGAUAUCAGCACCAGCGGGUUGAUAUUUGUCGCGAGAGAUCCCGACCUGAACCCAGCAACGAACACCAAGAUGAACGUCUACUACAGUAGACUGACGUUUAGCGAGACGACCGCACCGGCCCCAGUCAACAUUAGCGUGCCCGGCUUCGAUAGUGCUGCGUCUUCACCAGUCUUCUCUCCAAACGGCAUGAGCGCUGCUUUCCUGAAGAUGCGGCAGAACGGCUACGAAUCAGACAAGAACCAAAUCUUCAUCGUCCCAGAUGUCGGGCGGCCGGACUCGAUUGUACCUAUGCUGGCUACAGCGGAUGGUAUCGGUCAGUGGGAUCGCAGUCCCUCCAGUAUCGCCUGGAGCCACGACGGGCAGACUCUGUAUCUCCUUGCCGAUGACCUUGGCUCAGUGCCUUUGUGGUCGCUGUCCGUAAAUACUGGCGCAGGCUCGCGACUACCGCAGCUACUGGCUAAGCAAGGGAGUUUUAACUCUAUCAGACCACUCUCCACCGGUGACGUCUUCGUUUCCGGCACAAGCCUCGUGGACAACAGCGCGUACUAUCUUGUAUCGCCUGAUGCGACGGGCAUCCAAAGAGUAGUAUCUUCGAACUCGCGAAACGGCACUGCGUUCGGUCUCUCCAGAUCGCAGGUGUCUGAAGUCUGGUGGCCAGGUGCGGCUAACGGCACCCGCAUCCACGCUUGGGUUUUCAAGCCCUCUACUUUCAAGGAAAACGCCACAUAUCCGCUCGCAUACCUCAUUCAUGGUGGUCCGCAAAGUGCCUGGGAAGACAGUUGGAGCACGCGCUGGAAUCCUGCCGUCUUCGCCGAGCAGGGUUACGUUGUCGUCGCGCCGAACCCGACGGGUAGCACCGGCUACGGUCAAGCCUUCACAGACGCUAUCCAGAAUCAAUGGGGCGGCCUGCCGUACGAGGAUCUCGUUCUGGGCUGGGAGUAUAUCUCUCAAAAUAUGAACUAUAUCGACACUGACCGGGCCGUCGCUCUAGGCGCGUCAUAUGGCGGAUACAUGAUGAACUGGAUCCAAGGCCACGACCUCGGCCGCGUCUUCAAAGCCCUCGUCACGCACGACGGCGUCUUCAGCAUGGCCGGCCAAAUGGCCUCCGAGGAGCUUUACUUCCCCGAGCGUGAGUUCGGUGGUCCGUUCUGGAACAAUACCGAGAACUGGCUGCGCUGGGACCCGGCCCGCUUCACUCAUAACUGGGCGACUCCUCAUCUCAUCAUACACUCCGAGCUGGACUACCGCCUGACGAUUAGCGAGGGCUUGGCGGCCUUCCAUUUGUUGCAGGACAAGGGCGUCGAGAGCCAGUUCUUGACGUUCCCGGAUGAGAACCAUUGGGUGCUGAACCGGGAAAACAGCUUGCUGUGGCAUACUGUUGUGCUGGACUGGAUCAAUGCGCAUGUUGGGCUGCCGAAGUACAGCGAGCAGAGCAGCAAUGGCAGGGCAUUGAAGCGGGAGGCGGAUAUGACGAGUCCGCAGGACGAGGUUGUUGGUGGCAUUAGGGAUCUGAAGCUGUAA